AUGUUCGCAUUUACCGUACUCUUUCUGCUAGCUGUCACCUACUAUCUGCUUUCAUAUUAUAAAAAUGUGAAACGAUAUCCGAAAGGGCCAACCCCAUGGCCAUUAGUUGGCAAUGCAUUGCAGAUUGAUGCCGGCGAAAUUAAUAAAAGUCUAGUCGAAAUUGCGAAGAUUCAUGGCCCUAUAUUCACAAUUUUUAUUCCACGGCCCUUGGUCAUCAUUAUGGAUUAUGAAUUGAUCAAGCAAGCUUUUACCACAAAAGGUGAAGAAUUCGCUGGCCGUUCGGGAAUGUUUCCCGAUAUCCUUUUCCAAUCAACCAAAAAUGGAGGCGUUAUAUUUUCUGAGGGAAAUAUGUGGAGAGAGAAUAGACGCGUGUCCAUUCAAAUACUCCGUGAUUUCGGAAUGGGAAGGAAUUUAAUGGAGGAAUUGGUAAAAGAUUGUUUCCUGGAUAUGGAUGCAUAUUUACGAGGCCUUCCAAAUAAGAACAAAGGUGUUAAUAUGAGGGUGCCAAUUCAGUUUUUCAUCGCCAACAUAAUUCACCAUACCAUUUUUGGGACGAAAUAUCGAUUUGACGACGAUUCUGUGUUGAUGGGACUCGCUGAUUCGAUUGUGGAAACAUUCGAAGUUGUUCGAGGCUCAAAAUGGACAUUCCUUGCCGGAACCUAUCCCUGGAUCGCUGAUCUUCCUAUAAUUGGUGAUUAUGCAUAUCACCGCCAUUUUCGACACCUCCAACCGUUCAAAGAUUAUUGUCGAGCUCAACUAAAAGCCAGCCUAAGGGAUUACCAUCUGGAUCAGGAACCUACUUGCUUUACCCAUGCCUACUAUCAGCGGAUGCAAAAUAAUGAGACGGUCAAGGGCGAAUUAGAAGAGCAGGCAUUGAAUGUUGUUACCGACUUCUUUUUGGCCGGUAUGGAAACAACGACAACCACAUUGCGAUGGGCCAUUUUAUACAUGGCUGCUUACCCGGAUGUACAGGAAAAAUGCCGCCAAGAAAUAUGGGCGUCCUUUGGAGGUGAGAAAAUUCCUGGUUAUUCCGACAAGGCCGCUUUACCAUAUACCAACGCAACAGUUUUGGAAGUACAGCGAUGUGCAAAUAUCGUUCCAUUAAAUGUUUUCCACAAAACGACAUGCAAUACGUCAAUUGCUGGAAACGAUAUACCCGUUGGGACGCUUGUCAUUGGCCAGAUUCAUCAUGUCCACAAUACCGAUCCAGCGUUCGUGGAACCGGAGGAAUUCCGCCCAGAACGUUUUCUACUGCAAGACGGAAAGACUACAAAUAAGGAAGCGGUCGAACGCCUAUCCCCAUUCUCGAUCGGAAAACGCCAAUGCGCUGGUGAGGGUCUGGCUCGUGUUGAAAUGUUCAUCGGCCUCGCUGGUCUGCUGCAAAGAUUCAAAUUCACGCCAAUCAAUGGCGAAAAGAUUGACCUGACCCCGACGCCGGCGAUGGUGCUGCAGCCAAAACCCUAUCAAUUUGUCGUCGAGGAAAUUCACACAAUGUCA